CCCUCUCCACAACACCCCCCCAAAGAGCACCUCACAUCACCCCCAAACCCUAAAGAAAAUAAAACAACCCGGCAAAAUGAAAUCCACAACGCCCCCCUGCCACCUCACCCCCAUCAACCUACACUCGCCCACCGACUUCGCCGAGAUCCACCGCCAACGCCGCAUCUGCGGCUGGGACUCCGACCUCCCGACGCUGGAAAGCUGGAAGCGCAAGCAGGACGAAGGCGUGAAGGGGUUCUACUGGCUCUGCAUCCCGGAUCCUGCUGCUGCUGCUGCUGCUGCUGCUACUACCAGUAUUUCUACUACUACCCAACCACCAGCCCCGUCGACCGAGGAGAAAACAGUCUACGCUGGCCACAUCUCGCUCGACGCAUAUAGCGACCCAGCCGACGAGGAACUCGCCCGCGCCGACCGCACCGUCCUCACCGUCCAGACCCUCUUCAUCCUCCCGGCGUACCGGGGCCUGGGGCUGGGCAGCCGCGCCAUGGACCUCGUGGAGGCGCUGGCGGCGACCACCGAAACGAACUGCCGGUGGCUGGCGCUGACGACGCUGAGCGAGCGCCAUUAUCUGGAUGAGUCGCCCGAGGGGACGGGCGUGUGGGCGCGGACGGGCGCUGAGCCGCCGGUGAUGGGGUGUAAUCAGUGGUGGUAUGCGCGGCGCGGGUAUGUGUUGUGGAAGGAGGAGCCGCGGUGGAGGGAGGUCGGGGUCGCUGGGGAUGAGGUCGUGUUUUAUGCGGCGUUUAUGCGGAAGGGUUUGAGGGGGAGGGGGGAGUAAGCCUUGUUUUUUUUUUUCCUAGGGGGGCAUGGAGAGAUUAGGCUGCUUCUGUUGGCUUACUUGGGAUGCAGACUACAGCCUACAUUCCGACUUGCCGUUCGUAUGGGGUUGGAUAUUCUUUAGUGUAAAGCGACUGUCUACUCAUUUCUUGUGUAUCAAAGUAUCAUUCCAGAUUUCGAAUUAACGAGAACUCAUGUAUUUGCUUUUCUUCAAGCUGAUUUU